CAUACUUCUUGUUCUUGAGAUCACCUUUCGUGGGGAUAAUGAAUUCGUUCCUGAGCUUGCUCAAUUCGUCUUUCUCGUCUUCUUUCCUCGCAAACGCCUCCGAGCAUAGCUCCGCGUCAGCUAUCGACUGAUAAGGAUUCCUGGACCCUGGCAUAUCAAUUGCGCGUGUGAAGCGGCCGGUUGUACAGUGAUGCAGCAACGGCAGGUGCUGUUGAGAGGCAGAAAAGCUUAAGAGCCGCUCCAGAUAAUACACGAGGAGCCAGCUAUGAAAAUAGCCCUCGGUGCUGCCGGAUGGUAUGCUUAGAACAGGCGUCGAGGCGGGGCUCGAAGCGGUUUGGUGGGGCCUGUCAACGGUCUGGCCGCUCGGUCUGGCGCUCGGCUGUCAUUGGCUGCAGGCCUGUGACAGCUCGAACAUGACCUCAGACAUGGCUAUCUGAGCCCUUGUCAACAUCACCACGACAAUGGCGUCUCCGUCGACAGUGUGCACGCCGUGCUUGCGGGCAGCGAGCAGGGCAGCCACACGCGGCCUCAGGCCCACAAACGCCACGCAGAAUGCAGCGAGAGCGUACAGGCGGACAUGCGCCACUCCACAGCUAUAUCUCGACUUCCUUGCGCCAUCGAUACUGCGCAGGACCACAGGGCCUGUCUCUGCGUUCAGGAAGAACAGUCCCCUGCUCUCUGCCACCCACGCCCGCCGCACACUAGCCACCACUACCGACCCCUCCGCCGCAACCCCCGCCCGCGCAGUCCUCCACCCACGCACCGACGACUCAGGCUCACCCAUGUGCAUCUCGAUAUCCCCACGGGCCUCGCACCGCCUGCACUCCAUCGCCCAAAAGGACGCCAACCCCAAUACGGCCUUGCGCGUCAGCAUCGAGUCCGGCGGCUGCCACGGCUUCCAGUACCUCAUGUCCUUGACCGACCUGGCGAAAGAACCCGCAACAGAAGAAGAUACGGUGUUUGAAGGAGAGAAGGGCGAGAAGGUGGUUGUCGAUGAGAGUAGUCUCGAGUUGCUGAACGGGAGCACGGUGGAUUACACGAUGGAGUUGAUUGGGAGCCAGUUCAAGGUUACGGGGAUUCCGGGCGCGACGAGUAGUUGUGGGUGUGGGACGAGUUUUGACAUUAAGCUGGAUUAGGGGACAUUUCGAAUGGUGGUGUAAGAUUGUUUGUGCAUUGUUGUGUAAACAGGUCUGGCACGACAGCCCGGUGAUGGCGUAUGCAUUUGACUUCGCCCCUGCAUAGAACGUAGCAUUUGUUCGCGAGUACGCAUCAAAGCCAUCUAUUUAUUGC